AUACUGCGGGCGCGCACGCGUUAAGGAGAUUUUCCAAUGGAGCUCUUAUAAGAAAGAGUAAAGCACCGAAUUAAGCGCGCUUUUAGUUUGUGUGGAUUUUUGUGGCGUUGUGAGAGUGAGUGCAGUGCGGGCAUGCGUUGUUUAUCAAAAACUCCGGCAGGCGUUUUUUAAUUGGCCCUUUUGUCAACCUUUAGUUUUUGCGUUGCAGUGAAUUGACCUUUUCGGUAUUGCGUUUGGUUUAGGGGCGUUAUUAUUUGUUUUGUUCUUGAUAGUUAAGAGUUUUGGUUGUCGCCGUUAAUCUAAUGCAUCACGGAGUUGACCAGCGGUCAGCGUUGACCUUAUUCCUAAAUUAGUUUCCUUAUUUGAUUAAUUCACUUAUCUCCCUCUAAAUUUAUCGCAUCUCUAUUCCGAAUUAAAGCAGCCUUUCGUGAUAGUAUUGCCAGCUGUGGUUAAAAUUUUUUCAAGUGACACACGUGCGUUCGGUCGAAGCCGGUGGAAACAACAACAAUAACAGUUGAGUGUUAUUAUUGGACCUUGUAAAACAUCCAUGUCGUCACGACGGUGGUGUUAAAGUCUGUUUCUCUCUCUUCUCCUCUCUUUUCUUUCUCUCUCCACCAUCUGCUCAGCGAAUUCGCACUUGACCAAAAAAGUUGCCAGCCGCGUUUUCUAUUGUAUACGCCGCAUUGGCGCUCAUAUUUUUCUAAUUCCGGUAAUAAAAUAUCUCAAGUAGCUGACGUCAGCGCUUUUGCGACUGCCGCCGCACUGGGGAUCGAUAAUUAGCAUCAUCAUGUCCACGGAAUCAGAGCCUGUCCUGACCUUUAGCACCCCCUCGCCGGUGCCGGCCAACAGUGGUUCCUCGAGCACCGGAAGUCCCGCCGCCACGGCUACCUCGCAGUCGGGCACCGGAAGCACUAAUCGGGUGGAGAGUGUGUCCGCAUCGACAACUAACAAUAAUCAUUCGUCGCCGGUUCAUCACCAUCAUCAUCCGCAUGUCUAUCCUUCCAUGUACAAGGAUACCACAUUCACAAAAAUUUUCGUUGGCGGACUGCCGUACCAUACUACGGAUAAGACGCUGCGUGAUUAUUUCGAAGUUUUUGGGGAUAUCGAAGAAGCAGUGGUUAUCACUGACCGCCAGACGGCGAAGAGCCGCGGAUAUGGAUUUGUUACCAUGUUGGAUCGAAGUGCAGCGGAACGGGCCUGCAAAGAUCCGAAUCCUAUUAUUGAUGGACGAAAAGCAAACGUCAAUCUCGCAUAUCUUGGUGCAAAACCCAGGACUAAUGGCAUUGCAGUCCUCCAUGCUCGAGCUGCGGCAGCCGCUGCAGCUGCCAGUUACGCCCCAUUCCUUCAAAGUCCACUGGGUUAUCCAUCACCAUACCUCUAUCCGUCGCCCAUCCUCAUCCCCAAUCUCUUCCUGCCCAACCACUCCACGCCCUCCCCGACGGGGAUCACCAACGGAACCGGCCCGAACGGGGCGGCGGCUACGACGUCGCCGCCGCCCACGCCGGCGGUCUCCUCGGCGGCGCAAUCCUACUACGAUUUCUCCACGGCCGCCGCCCUGGCCGCCGCCGCCUCCUCCUUCGUGCAGGCCCAACAACAGCAGCAACAGCACCCGUAUCCUUCCCUGUCCGCUCCCUAUGCCAGUGCCUUCAGCCCGGAUGCGGCGCUGUACAAUUUUGCUCCAUACGCGACGGGACUGAAUUACGGGAACAGUGCCAACCAUGGCCUGAUGACCAUUGGCCAGCACCCCGCUGGCUCCGCCCAGGGAUCAUCGGCCUCUUCCAGUUCCAGUGGAUUCAGCAGCAAUCAUCACAUGAUACCGGCACAGGCGCUGCGCGGUGAAAAAUAAUUAAUUUGUUGCCAUCAUUCUUAAUUCUUAUAUAAUCUAUUCUUCUUCGUAUUGCUAGUAGUUUUUAACACUGCUUAAUUUUAUUUAUGCAAUAUCCAACAUUAGAAAGUAUUUUAAGAAAUAGUUGCCUGAUUUGAUGUAAUUGACGUUUGUGCGGCGAUCUACAAAGAAAUCUCUCUGAAUUUUGGAAAAUUUCCCCUUGAACUUCCGGCCACGUCUCUUCUCAUGUUCUCUUUGCCUUUUCCUUGAUCGUUCAAAGAUUUCUCUGCAAUGAAAAUAUUUUUAUCGGAUACGGAAAUUGUUUUCAACUUUUCCCAGCGUCAGCAGAAUUUUUUUCUUGAUGCAAUUUGAUCCAGACAGCUAUAAGCUGCAUGCGUAUAUAAGCACUUUCUGGACGGUUCCUAUAUACAGUUUUGGUGUUGUAGUGUACUUUGAAAAUGUUAAGACUUAACUGUCUGCUCAGUGCCAGUUUUUUUUAAAACCAAGGCGUCUCCCCGUCACCUAGCGUUGACGUCGAUGGCGGACGUCAUUCGAUGUCUUUUUCUAGUAUUGGGAAAUUACAUGUUGGAUUAUGUAACCUUAUUAAGCUUUACGCGCAUCUGUGCGCAGCCAGCAAAAUCCAGUAUAUUAUCCGAUGACUGUAUUCAAAUGCAAUAAUUGUGGGACGAAACGUUUCCGAGACGGAGAUAUGUUCUAUGCCUUAUUGUUGGACGUUGUUCAUUCUGUAGCUUCCACUGUUAUUCUUCUGUUAAAAAUAUGUACUUAAUAGUUCUACUGUUGUAACUGUUGGCAUACUUGUUCUGUAAUAUGUAAUCUUAUAAUUACCUGUUUUAAUUCUUUUAUGGAUCUACUAUUGAAUAAUAAAAAAAACUGGGUUUA